AUGUGUUCUUGUUACGACCGUUUUGAUAAAUAUCAACAACUGCAACCAGACAUUUCUGAAAUAGAUGAAUUAUUCCAUGAAAAACUUAUUAAACAUAGAGACAAUGAAUUAAUAGGCAAGUUAAUACAAGCAAAAACACUAUAUAAUGAUAUAAGAGAUGAAAUUCUUUAUGGUAGUAAUAUUGAUAAGAAUACGAGAUUGAUGAUUGGACAUCGUCAGUUACCUGCUGGUGACAAUAAAUAUGAAAACACCAUUCAUACUACUGGUAAUUUUAUGCCCAAGGGAAAAAGGCUUCAACGAUCAAGAAUUAUUAACAAGGACUAUUGCAGUUGCUGCAAAUGUAUCAACUGUAAUCAAAAACGAUAUCAUUCUAAAACAUUAAAUGGCGAUCUGAAUUCGACAAAACGCUUUAAAAAUAAAUAUAUAAAAUCCGAAUCUUGUCCAUGUACAAUGAGACCAUUUGAUUUCGGAAAGCAUGUUAAAGAAACGAAUGAUAAAACAACUGAAAGGAGCAUGUCAACAUUUAGUACAAUACAAUCAAGGCCGAUUGAAGUCAAACGAGUCAUUUGUGAAUGUAAACCAGAAAACCUUUUUCUUGAUAAGAUCAAAUUGGCUGAAGAUACAAUUCGUGACAGUGUAAGAAAUAGCUUUACUAAAUUGCGACAUUCAUUCAGGGAAACGAAAAGAAAUUCCUCAGAUAUAAUAAAAGAUAAAAAUAAAAAAAUUAAUUGUGAAUGUUAUGUAAAAACAAAUAAGAAGAAGAGUAAUAGAAAACUACAAGACUCGAGUAAAGGUAAUUUUCGUGAUAAUGCAAAAAAUCGUAUAACAAAGUCGCAGUACUCAUUUAAAGUAAUAAGAGAUUCCACAGAUUUAGUUAAAGAUAGAAACAAAAAAAUUAAAAAAUGUGAAUGUGAAUGUAAAAAUGAAAAGAAAAGUCAUGGGAAACUAUCUGAGUUAGCUAAAGAUAAUUUUCGAGACAAUAAAAGAAAUAGUUUAAAGAAGUUACAAUAUCCUUUCAAAGAACCAAGAGAUUCGGCAGAUUUAUAUAAAGAUAAAACUGAAAAAAUAAAUAAAAUUAAAUGCGAAUGUUAUGGUAAAUUAAAUGAUACAAAAAGUAAUCGGAAAUUACGUGAAUAUACUUCAAGAGUAUCUAUGAAAGCAUAUUCAAAAAUGAAGACCGCAAAUACUAAAUUUCGUCACAGCAUAAGAAAUAGUAUUACUAAAAUAGCAUCUACUUUUCAAAUGGCAAGGGAUUCUAUUGAAUUAUAUAAAUAUAGAAGAUUAAUAAAACAAUUAAUGAAGGAGUUAGAAUGCGAGUCAGACACGUGUGAUCCAGAUGAAUGUAAUCCUUCAGAGUGUUACGAAAAAAUCAAAUUUAGUAAAAAAGUUCACAAUUUUGCUUCUGAUUCUAACAGGAAAAUAAAAAAAAGAUUUCAUAAAGAACCAAAGCCAAACUCUGAUUCGUGCGAAUGUUCAAAUCCAUCAAUGAUAAACUUAAGGGAAUAUGAUAUAUCCAGUAGCUCUACUAUUAAACCAGAAGUUAGUAAGGCCGAUAGGAAAAAAAAUGGCUUCUUCAUGCUUAUAGAACCUGCUAACACCGAAAAAAUUGAAUCAAAAAACACUAUUUCACCCCCUAUGAAGACAUCGACUAUCUCAACAACUGAUUUUGAUACAAGUCAUCCAUGUCCAAAAGAGUGCCAAUCAUCUAUUUGUAUUCCAGAAAAAUGUUAUCAAGACAAAAGUUCCUUAAUAUCUAUGCCACAUUCAAAGUCUGAUACUGGUUUUAUACUCAAUAAUAAUGUGAUCAAGUCGACAAAAAAGAAGAGUCAAAUAAUUGAUGACAUAAAUACGCAAAAAGUUGUACGUUUUGGGUCUAGUUUUAGUUUCAAUCUAGAAUUUUAUAAAACAGUAAGCAGUGAACGUUUACCAAAAGAACAUGUAAAAUUGGCAUCUGAAAUUACACCAACAAAAAGAUCAGUAAGUCACGCAUUGCGAAGAUGCUUUUGUACUUUAAAGUUUAAAAAUAACAAUCAAAAUUAUGGCAGUGACUCAUAUUCUAUAAAAAAUAAGACUGCCCAUCCGAAUAAUCUCAAAACAAAGAAACGUAAAAAGACAUGUGAAUGUGAAGACAAAAAGAGAGUGUCAAAGUCUUACCCAACGUUUAAACAAAAAUCAGAAAAUACCGAAAGUGACGCUUGGUUUCCUUCUAAUGUUAAUACAUUUGAUGAUAAGUCUGUGCAAACAAUUACAGAUGAUGAGUGCAUUUGUUUUAUGAGUGUUAAGUCUAUACAAACUGUAAAAACCGCAUCUUUGGACACAAAAAUUUUACCAAAUCCAUUUUGUACCCCGUAUGGGGACUCGAUAGAUUGCAAUUCUUACGUUAAUCCUCAAACACCGUGUAAUUGCACUAGAAAUAAUGAAUACAGUAGUCGCAACACCAUUUCUAGUUAUAUAAGAAAACCUAUGUCGGAAGCUUCAUCAAGUAGGAGAGAACUUAUUCAACGAAAUAUUAUAAAACCACAAAUCCGAGAAUCAUCAUAUUAUAAUGACAAUAUCACAACCCAACAAGUGCUAAGCAUAGGGUCUACCUUUAGCUUUAAUAUAGAUUUUUAUAAAAAUGCACCUAGUAAUAAUCAAAAGCAUUCUGCUAUAACAAAUUUACAUACAGAAAGGCCUUCAGAGUAUAAAAGCAUCACCGGGCUACAAAAGCCUUAUAAGGAACCGGUGAUGAAGAAAUGCUUUUGCACAUUAAAACUUUUGAAAAGAAACAAAGCUGUACAUUUGAAACCCAAGAGAAUAUUUAAUAAAUCUGCUGCUUUCGUAAAAGAUAUUAAAAGAAACAAAAAAUCUAGUAUUACCACCACAAAUCCUAGAUCCUAUGGCACAUCAAAAUCUUAUCAGAAAUCACAGAUGCUGGCAAGUAUAUCAGAGCCUACUCCUGAUAGACGGAAUACGACAAAUAAAGAACUUAAAAAAAUCGCUGAUAACAACAAUGUAGGGCGGUUAGGUUCUAGUAUAAGCUUUAACAUGAAAUUUUAUAAACGAAUUAAACAACCGAAUUUGGUGAUAAAUGACAAAUUUCUUAAAGAAAAAUACAAAAAACAAAAGUUUCAUAAAAAUUUACGUCCGGUAUCAUUGAAAGAAUGCGCUGUACAAUGUACCGGCUUACAAAAGAGGGCAAGUAAGAAAACUCGAGCUAUUAUAAAUACACAUGAAAAAGGUGUGGUAACAAGUUCACCACGAAGACGGUGCUUUUGUGUCCGCAAAUUUCUAAAAAGAAAUAAAUUAGGAAACAGCAAGGAGUCUCAGUUUGGUGAUUCUUUUCUUGUCGCACCUAAAACAGAUAAGCAAACAAGAACAAAACAUUACAAGAAAUUUAAAAAGAGGCCGAAUAUUUGCUGCUGUGGCAACAAUGUGGAAAACUUACAUUAUUGCAAAGACCCCGGGACAGAACAAGCACAUAAGUACACAUCAUCAAACAUAAAUAGUAAUAAAAAGCAAGUAACAUUCAAAUCACAAAAUUUCGAUUAUGUAACUAAACCAUCUAACCAAAAUUCUGCACGAAUGAAAAUUAUUUGUAUACCCCCCAAUUGGAAGUUACCCAAUAAAAAUAAAAAACAUGCUAAUGAUGAUAUGAUUGAAAUUAACAAUACAUAUAAAGAGUAUAUAGAUGAACAUCCCGAAUUAGUUUCUGUUAAGAAACAAUGCUUAUGUUCUAAAUUUGAUAACGGAUAUAAAGAUAUAAACAUUCAAGAUGGAAAUAUACCUGUAUCGAAUUUUCCUGUUAAACCAGUAUUACGGACAUUAGAAACUGAAGCAAAUGAAAGAAAAAAAAUCCACAGAAGACAAUUUAGAGCUAAAUCGGUGGAGAAUAUUGGUGACUUUUCAUUGAAAGCUAAAAGAAUGCUUUAUAGUUGGAGUGAUAACAAACCUUACUCCUAUGAGCUUUCAAAACAAUUAAGUACAGUAAAAAAUACAAAACAAAAAAAUCGUUUACAGAAGAGGACAAAAGUAGGAUCACAAUUAAGUUUUGGUAUUGAUUUCUACAAAAGAAUAGAAUAUCCUAAUGCUGACUUUGAAAGAAUUAUUUACAAUCAAUCCCCUGGAAAAAUCAAUAAGAAUAGAAUCCGAAAUUCUAAAUUCAGUCCACAUCGACAGUAUCAAGUCGGAUAUAUGCUAAGCACAUACAAACAUUUAAAGUUUAACCAUAAUUAUAAAUAGUCUCUAAGCGCAACAAUGUAAGAUUUUAAUAUUAUUAAUAUGUAUGUAUCUUGUAUGAUAUUAUCUAAAUUGUCAUAUAUAUAUAAAAUGUUUAUUUUCAUCUUGUGUUCUUGUUAAUAAAGUUUGUGGUUCAUUGAUUUUUAUUUCAUUUUCUGACUUCAUAUGGC